GAGCGUCACGUGACGGACUCAGUUUUCCUCCAAUCGUUGUGCACGUUGUGGGGAUUCCACCGAAGACCUGGUUUGAGACUUACAGUACCCUAUUCCCCCGCCAGCCAAACGGGCCGGCUCCAUGAGCAAGCUGGGUUGCGGGGUCUCUCCAGGGUCCUCUCCUGAAGCCGGUUUGGAGAGACCUGGGCCUACAAAGUGCUCGGUCCCGGAAGUGACGUCUCCCAGAGGGGCCGGAAGUGGCAGUGGAGGGAGGGAAGAUGGCGGAGGUGGGGGAGAUAAUCGAGGGCUGCCGCCUGCCCGUGCUGCGGCGGAACCAGGACAACGAAGAUGAGUGGCCCCUGGCCGAGAUCCUGAGCGUGAAGGACAUCAGUGGCCGGAAGCUUUUUUACGUCCAUUAUAUUGACUUCAACAAACGCCUGGAUGAAUGGGUGACUCAUGAGCGGCUGGACCUAAAGAAGAUCCAGUUCCCCAAGAAAGAGGCCAAGACCCCCACCAAGAACGGACUUCCUGGGUCCCGCCCCGGCUCUCCAGAGAGAGAGGUGAAACGGAAGGUGGAGGUGGUUUCACCAGCAACUCCGGUGCCCAGCGAGACAGCCCCGGCCUCAGUUUUUCCCCAGAAUGGAUCAGCCCGUAGGGCAGUGGCAGCUCAGCCAGGGCGGAAGCGAAAAUCAAAUUGCUUGGGCACUGACGAGGACUCCCAGGACAGCUCAGACGGAAUACCCUCGGCUCCUCGCAUGACUGGGAGCCUGGUGUCUGACCGCAGCCACGACGACAUCGUCACCCGGAUGAAGAACAUUGAGUGCAUCGAGCUGGGCCGGCACCGCCUCAAGCCGUGGUACUUCUCCCCGUACCCGCAGGAGCUCACCACCCUGCCCGUCCUCUACCUCUGCGAGUUCUGCCUCAAGUACGGCCGAAGCCUCAAGUGUCUGCAGCGUCACUUGACCAAGUGUGACCUGCGACAUCCUCCAGGCAACGAGAUUUACCGAAAGGGCACCAUCUCCUUCUUUGAGAUCGAUGGUCGUAAGAACAAGAGUUACUCUCAGAACCUGUGUCUUCUGGCCAAGUGUUUCCUCGACCACAAGACGCUGUACUAUGACACGGACCCCUUCCUCUUCUACGUCAUGACGGAGUAUGACUGCAAGGGCUUCCACAUUGUGGGUUACUUCUCCAAGGAAAAGGAAUCCACGGAAGACUACAACGUGGCCUGCAUCCUGACCCUGCCUCCCUACCAGCGCCGGGGCUACGGCAAGCUGCUGAUCGAGUUCAGCUAUGAACUCUCCAAAGUGGAAGGGAAAACAGGGACCCCUGAGAAGCCCCUCUCGGACCUUGGCCUCCUAUCCUACCGAAGCUACUGGUCCCAGACCAUUCUGGAGAUCUUGAUGGGGCUGAAGUCGGAGAGCGGGGAGAGGCCGCAGAUCACCAUCAAUGAGAUCAGUGAAAUCACCAGCAUCAAGAAGGAGGACGUCAUCUCCACUCUACAGUACCUCAACCUCAUCAACUACUACAAGGGCCAGUAUAUCCUCACACUGUCGGAGGACAUCGUGGACGGGCAUGAACGGGCUAUGCUCAAGCGGCUUCUUCGGAUCGACUCCAAGUGUCUGCACUUCACUCCCAAGGACUGGAGCAAGAGGGGAAAGUGGUGACCAGGCACUGCCCAUUAGCAGUGCCGGCAAAGCCAGCAGAACUGGGGCUGACAGCCUAUCCCGCCCCCACUGGGGUCUCCAAGAGGCACAGCAAGGGGAGACAGGGCUGAGGACAGCUCCACAGGGAGAGGACAGGCCUGGUAAAGGCCAGCUGGUGCCUAGCACCAAGGAGAGCUCAGGGCUCAGGUCAACUCCAAGGUCAGCUGGCUGCAGGCCCAGGCCUGCUGUGAACCAGGGACCAGAGGGAGCCAGGCAGCUGUGUACAGUGAGAUAGGGGGUGGGGUGCUCUGUACAGGGGGCUGGUGGCUGUACAAUUUUCUUUUGUAAAGUAGGAAUGGGGGGGAGGUACUGGCUGCAAAAUUCUGGCCUCUUUUGCCCCACUGCCCCCUGGCAAUAAACUGUUUCUAUGGGCCAGAGCCAUGAAAGGUUCUUGUGGGAGAAGACAGCACUGGCACACUCACAGGUUCUGUGAAGAGCGCCUUUAUUGGGGUGACGAAGGCUCCCAAAGUGAAGGGGUUCACUGGAGUGAAGGGAUCAGUGGCUUUCAGUUUCAAGGUCUGGUUUUCAGUCCUCUGGUACCUGGGCGUGAAUCUGCAACAGGAGGAAAUCAUCCCUACUAUCGGAUUGCUGCAGUAUAGUGACUAGCUGGCCCAGAUACUCAGGGCAGAGAUCCAACUGCUCAGAAUCAUAGACAGGACAGGGAAGAGUGGUGGGAGGCCAUGCUGCCCCAGUGUUUUCCCCAGCCCCAAAGCCCCAAGUCCACUCAAGGGCAAGAUUCAGCAAACAACUCUGAAGGGGAGCCUGGGAGGGAAGGGCCCAUCCAUCCACUCACCGCUGCAGCAAGGCUGGGCCAGGUUAGGGCCCCACGCACUUUGGAAUCCGGACCAGGGAUAGUCUCCAGGCCCCACAGGGUGAAGCUGCUGAAACUGGCUGUGGCGCCGAUAAAGCGGUCCUGGGGAAGGGUCCCAGCUCAGCACCCGAGCCGCCGCUCCCGCCUGCACUCCCUUCCAACCCUAUACCCCGGUGCUCACGAAGUCCCGCUCCAGCGUCUCCGGGGAUUCCAUCACUUCGUGGUCCUCCUCCGACCCCUCCGAGAAGUCCUGCUUCCCCACCGACACCUCUCCCUGCUCUUCUGUCAUCACGUAUCCCACAAGGCCGGGCGGCACCGCCACCUCCUCGCCGCGCAGACUGCGGCCCCGGAAGGACGCUUCCAGCCCUGGAAGAGGCAGGCGCAGGGCCACAGUGACGCCUGAUGCAAGGCCUAGCGGGGCAAGCCCGGGAGCAGCCGUCCCCGCCACCUCCGGUGGACCACGAGCCCCGGGAGCCCUCGCGCCGCUCCUUGCCGAGGAGAGCCCGACGCCGGCGCGGGGGCUGCCGGGAGCCGUAGUCCCGCCGCGAGCGCUCACCGUAGGGACCCUGGCGGAUGGCUGGGGUGAAGAAGCGCCCCACCGGGGCGGGCCGGCUAACCGGGACCUCGCAGGGCAGAAGGUGCAGCGUGACGGGGGCGGGACUGCGCAGCGUAAAAGGGCGCAGGUGCACGCGGCGCCUGUGCACCGACUCCUCGUCGCUGCUCUCCAUGGCUCGGCCGCACCCCGCCGCUCGCUGGCUAAGGCCGAAGCUGGCGCGUGAAGCGCGCAGAGCCUGUCGGGAGGCCCGGGACUCUCAGCCCAGAGCUUCCUGGGAAGCGUAGUCCCUCUUUGAGGCUUCUGCAAUCUUGUCCACCGGUGUUCAGGUCCUAGAUUUUUUUUCUUUUUAAGGAUUCAAUGAAUUUUAUUAUAAUUGUAGUUGUGCGACCAUCAUAACCUAAUUUUAGAACAUUUGCAUCCCAAACCCAGAUUCCAUCCCAACCUGAGGCCUUUGGUAACCGUAAGUUUUUCAAAGUCUGUGAAUCAGUUAUUAAGUUCAUUGUACCCCUUUUUUAGAUUCCACGUAUAAGUGAUAGUAUAUGAUGUUAGUGUCUCACUGUCUAACUUCUCUUAGCAUGGUAAUUUCUAGGUCCAUCCAAGUUGCUGGAAAUGCCAUUAUUUUCAUUCCUUUUUGUGGCUAAUAUUCCAUUGUGUAUAUGUACCACAUCUUUAUCCACUCCUUCGUUGAUGGAUCUUUAAGCUGCUUCUGUGUCUUGGAUAUUGUCUGUAGUGCUGCAAUGAACAUUGUGUUACAUGUAUCUUUUCAAGUAUGGUUUUCUCUGGAUAGAUGCCCAAGAGUGGGAUUGCUGGAUCAUAGCCAAAUGCUCCUUGGGCUCCUCCUCCCAAUGCCAGAUCCCCAGGUGUUGGGAACCUGAUGUAGGGCUCAGAACUCUUACUCCCGUGGGUGAGCCUCUGCAAUAUGGUUACUUUCCCGUCUGUGGGCCGCUCACCCAAUGGGUAUGAGGUUUAUAUUGAGUAAUCGCCCUUCCUAAUAUCUUGAUGUGGCCUCCUCUUUGUCUUUUGGGGUAGGAUAUCUUUUUUGGUAGUUUCCAGUCUAUUUUGUUGAAGGUUGUUCAGCAGUUGGUGGUAAUUUUGUUGUUUUCAUGAGAGAAGGUGAGUUCCAGUCCUUCUGCUCUGCUAUCUUGCCAUCUUAAUCUUGUCUCUCCCUAGAUUUUUUUUUUUUUUUUUUUUUUUUUUUUUUGCUUUUUAGGGCCACACCUGUGGCAUAUGGAGGUUCCCAGGCUAGGGGUCGAAUUGGAGCUGCAGCUGCCAGCUUAAGCCACAGCCACGGCAACAUGGGAUCUGAGCAACAUCUGUGACCUACACGACAGCUCAAGGCAAUGCGCCAGAUCCUUAACCCACUGAACGAGGCCAGGGAUUGAACCCAGAUCCUCAUGGAACCUAGUUGGGUUCGUUAGCCACUGAGCCACGAAGGGAACUCCUCCCUGGAAAGAAUUCUUAAUGUGUUCCAUUCAGCUACGAAAAGUCAAAAAGUAACAGCCGACACGUGUCCAAUAAGUGCUAAGGACUUCCUGCAGGCAGCCCAAAGGGAAUGGAGCCUCAGGGUGGAAUUAGUGCCCUUAGAAGAAGUGAGCUCUGGAAUUCUCUCUGUGGUUCAAUAGGAUUGGUAGCGUCUCUGCAGUGCCAGGAUGCAGGUUCAAUCCACGCCAGGUGCAGUGGGUUCUAGAUUUUUUCCUUGAGUUUUCCCCCCAAUGGUAUAUUCUUAGUGUAAAAAAUUAAAACAAAAAACUUUAAAAGAUUAAAACGAUUCCUUGAGUUCCUGUUGUGGUGCAGUGGUUAAUGAAUCCGACUAGAAACCAUGAGGUUUCGGGUUCGAUUCCUGGCCUCGCUCUGUGGGUCAAGGAUCCGGCGUUGCCCUGAGCUAUGGUGUAGGUCACAGAUGUGGCUCAGAUCCUGCGUUGCUGUGGCGUAGACCAGUGGCUACGGCUCCGAUUAGACCCCCUAGCCUGGGAACCUCCAUAUGCCCCGGGAGUGGCCCUAGAAAAGGCAAAAAGCCAAAAAAAAAAAGAUUAAAAUGAUUCCUAAGAGUACACUUUUUAUAUUACUUGGUAGAGCUUUUCUGGGGGAGUGUGUGUGUUUAACCUACUUAAUCCUUUGACCCUUCCUUGAAUGUGUUGAAGAUGUUUUAUCCAAGUUUGCCAUUUGUCUUCCAAACCUGUGUAUAGGUCAUUUUUGUUACACAGAAGACUUUUUUUUUUUGUAGUCAAAUUUAUCAGCCUUUUAUUUUUAUUUUAUUAGUUUAGUUUAGUUUAGUUUUUUAGGGCCUUACCCUGGCAUGGAGGUUCCCAGGCUAGGAGUCUAAUUGGAGUUGCAGCUGCCAGCCUACACCACAGCCACAGCAAUGCAGGAUCCUUAACCUACUGAGUGAGGCCAGGGAUCGAACCCAAAACCUCAUUGUUCCUGCUGUGCCACAAAGGGAACUCCUCAGCCUUUUGUUUUUAUGUCUUUAGUUUUUGCAGUACUCGUUCUUUUUUGAUUUCUUAACUCUUCUCUAAUGUUUGUUUGUUCAGAUACCCAAUUUUGAUAUAUUUUGAUAAGUAGUCUCAUAGAACAGACUCAUACAAAGCUGGGUGUUCAUUAGGAGUUACAAAACGGAUAUUCUAUUUAUCUUUAUUUACUGUAAUACUUCUAUAAAGAAAAUGCUCACCAACUCUUUGGUUGUCCAUUGGUACAGUGAGCAUAAGAAAGGCAAAAUAAUUGCUUGACACUUUCUUUGUAUUUCUGUUUUUGAAAUUUUUUCCCUGGCAUGUUCCAAUGGCGACCUUUAAAAAAAAA